AUGGAAAUUUCCUUCAGCCAGUCAACACUAGACGGCCACAACGGGAGUUCGGCUUGCAGUGUCAUUGCUCUCAUCUUUGCUCAUGUCGCAAAGCGUGAGCUUCUUGACUUCCAACCAACGUCUUUGCUGUCUCCUGUAUGGGUUAUGCUUCUUUGUUCGGCUAUCAGAGUUGGUAAUAAGCUUUACGAUCUCUGUCGCCACAGCUUACCCCAGCGCCUUUUGUCUGCAUUAGAAGCAGCCACCAUUGUACAGCGAUGCGUCAGUGUUUCUGUCGACGCCCCUUUACCUGUAUACGUGUUUAUGACGAUCACGCUCCCACGACACUGCUCUUUCAGUUGA